AUGGUCAGCAUGCAUCUCUUAUCUCUGGUCAUCAUAUCUUUUCUGGCUUUAUGGAGUCGUGCGAUUCCAAUUGACGCACGAGAUGUUCCAGUCAGCGAGUUGACGCAGUUCAACUUCUGGGUCGAGUAUGCUGCAGCGUCAUAUUGUCAUGACAACUAUGUGGCUAAAACUGGUCACAAGCUGACCUGUUGGGCAGACAACUGCCCCCAGGUUGAAAAGGCUGAUACAGAGAUCCUGUUUGACUUCUCCAAUACUACAAUCACUGACACCUCUGGCUUCGUCGCACUGGACACAACUAAUGAGGCAAUUGUCAUCGCCUUCCGCGGUUCCUACUCAGUGCGCAACUGGGUAUCUGAUGCAACCUUCAUCCACACUGACCCAGGCCUUUGCGACGGGUGCCUCGCGGAACUUGGAUUCUGGAGUUCCUGGACCUUAGUCCGUGACUCCAUCAUGGAGACUCUGAACCACACCGUGUCCCAGAACCCUGACUACGAAGUGGUCGUGGUGGGCCACAGUCUGGGCGCUGCCGUGGCUACUCUUGCAGCCACUGAUAUCCGGGGCAAAGGACACCCCUCAGCCAAGUUAUAUGCAUAUGCGUCGCCGCGUGUGGCCAACUCAGCACUGGCCAAGUAUAUCACGGCGCAGGAUGGCAACUAUCGAUUCUCACACAUUGAUGAUCCAGUGCCCAAGCUUCCCUUGCUGGCGAUGGGGUAUGUCCAUGUUAGCCCUGAGUAUUAUAUCUCGUCUGCGACCAAUGCUGCCGUUGGCACGGAGGAUAUUGAGGUGCUGGAUGGGGAGGUCAACUUCCAGGGUAAUACGGGGACGGGGCCACCAUCACUUACUGCUUUUCCUGCGCACAACUGGUACUUUGAGAAGGUUGACGGGUGCAAGGGGCCUGGGUUGCCGCUUUAG